AUGAAUAAAUAUACAUUAAAUUUCAAAGACAAAGAGAUCGAAUCUAGUUAUUAAAACAUAACCUAACAAAACUUUAGAGUUUUCACUCUUACUAUUAUGACUUUGGGACUUCUGGCUGUGGCAAUAACUAAAAUUAUCGAGAGCAUUUUACUCAAGGAAUAUCAAACCAUUUAAAAAUACUGUUUGUUUAUAUGCUACUUGAUUAUUUAAUAUUGUAUAAUGAAGAAGCACACAAAAUAUAUCCGAUUUGCCAUCAUCCUAUUGAAUCACCUGAUCUCAGUAUUUUUCAGUCUCUAAGUAUCAGAAGUGGAUGAUUCUUACAAUAGUUUCCUCAAGGGAAGCAACGUCAUGGGAGCAAACUUUUUGAUGCUAAUUUCAGGUGAGUUCCUGGAUGCAGCCAUCUCAGUCAUAACUAUUGGAAUUAUCAAAAUAAUUUUGGUGUAAGUUUCAACUAACUCUUUACUUUACUCCACAAUCAUAAGUUCUGUGCUUGUAAUCAUAUACACAAUUCGUUACUUGUACCAUUUUCAUAAGGCAAUGCGCAGUCAAUUCCUAUUGGCUUUGAAUGAUUCGCACUGGGAGAAAAUAUUAACUUCCAUUGCAUUUAAGCAACCAUACCUAGUCUUAUCCUUUAUAGAGGAUAACAUGCAAUUUGCUCUGAAACAAGAGGCUCAAUGCCAUAAAUUUUUUAACCGAUUAUUUGAUGGGUCCAACUUUAUCAGAGAUGCAAUGUACAAGGGCAACCAAUUAGAGAAGUUCUUGUUUAUGCAAAUCUAGAAAUAUAGAGUGGAUAGGGCAUCUGUUUUUAAUAAGACUUUAGUGGUGGAAUACUUCAGAAAAAUGAUAAGAAUCGAAUGUUCGAUUUAUUAUGGAAAUAAACCAACUAUACUGCUUCUAAUGAGGGAUUUCCUGAAUGAAAAAAAGCCAGACACAUCAAUCUAUGAACAAAGACACAGAAACUUUAUUAAACUCCUUCUUAAAGUCUUGGGUCACAUUGAUAGGUUAUCUUCAUUUAAAUGCCGUCUGAUCGAAAGAAAACUCUUAAUCUUGUAGUUGUAUGAGGAUCUAAGACUCUCCAAAUUGCGAGAAAGCGAAAUUAACAUAUAUAAUUUAGCAUAAAUUCUACACAAUUUGUAUUCUCAUCUAUCCAUUAAGGCAUUUGUAAGCGGUAACAGUAAUUUCAAUACGAUUUCAAAUAUCUUUUUGUUGAUAUUGCUAAUAAUAGCUGAAAAUUCCUAAGGAUUAUAAAUUUCAAUUUGUUUGACAAAUGAAGAAGAAAACUAGAGAUGGCUUCACAUUUCAGGUAAUUUUGACAAAGAGAAAGUAAAGAGAGCAUUAAGACAAAUAUCUGAUUAUAUUAAUUUGAUUAGUUCAAGUUAGAUAGUAGAGUAAUUUAAAAUUUAGUUAUAUCUAAAUCAAUAUAUUUUAAUACCAUUUCAACUCAAUGAAUUAAAUGUAAGAACUCGAAAACACCUUGAUUUAGAAUGA